AUGCGGAGUAAAAAUAAUUCUUGUUUGAUCGCAUUAACAAUGGGUACAAUCUUCCUUUUUAUGGUGGUGUUUUAUGGUGCUACCAAUUUACAUGUAAGUCCUUCUAGUGGGGUGAAGUUAAAAACCGACUUUCAGAUUUCGGGAAAACAGUUGUAUAAACUAGACAUCUCCUGGCCCAAAUAUUCAGAACAUUUCACCGGCCAAGUGUUCGGUGUUGCCGUGAACCAUCUAGCAGGCUUGGUGUAUGUUGCACAGAGGGGAGAUAACGUGCCCAAAGUACUAGUGUUCAGUACGGAUGGAGACUUCUUGCAGGCCUGGAACACGACCACUUUGGAGAUGCCUCAUGGUAUUUUCUUGGCAAACGCGUCGAGUAACCCUUCAAUCUGGAUCACGGAUGUCGGAAAUGGGCCGUAUGGGCACACCAUUAAACAGUACUCUCCAUCUGGCAAGCUGAUGCAGACAUUGGGCUCAGCCGGAAAGGCAGGUUCUGCUGUGAACCCACUACAGUUUGACCAACCAGCAGAGAUCUUCGUCCACAGUUCAGGGGAGAUCUACAUAGUAGAUGGAGACGGAGGCAUGAACAAUCGCCUGAUCAAACUAUCCAAAGAUCUCCAGAUUCUGUGGAUGCAUGGGGAGAAGGGACAGGGGCUCGCUCAGUUCUACAUUCCCCACAGUGUGGCAGUAGAUAACUACCAGAGGGUUUGGGUGGCUGACAGAGGGAAUAAACGGAUCCAGGUGUUUAACUCUGUAACAGGUGACUGGCUAGGAUCGUGGGGAAGCUGUUUCACAGAGGAUGCGCCCUAUUCUGUCAGGCUAACACAUGAUCAGAAGUACAUGGUUGUGGCACAGUUAAACACAAACCAAGUUUCCCUCCUGGAGGCUCCACCUGUAGGGAUAAUCGGACAGUGUCAGGUGGUGAGCACCAUCCAGCUGGCGGAGGAUGUUAAACCUCACCUGGUUGAUAUCGAUCUGAAAACUGGCGCUCUCUAUGUGGCGGAGAUCGGUGCCAUGCAAGCCCAGAAGUUUACGCCUUUGACCCUUGGCAGUAAUGUAAUGUGAGUCAAAGUCCUGUGAGUCUGUUACUGCAAAGCACUAUGAAGAUUAUUCUUUUUCACGGGGAUGCAGGAAAUUAAAAUGGAAAUAUUUGUCCACAAAAGAUAUUGAAUCAAGAAACUUUGACUUUACACACCAUUUAUUAUCAACGAAUCUUUUUAACGAACCUC